AUGCUACAGGGUUUAAACAUCAUCAUCAUCAUCAUCAUCAUCAUCAUCAUCAUCAUCAUCAUCAUCAUCAUCAUCAUCAUCAUCAUCAUCAUCUUGGAACUUUUGUGGGAAAUUAUCGAAUAUUCAAAUCAAAUUAUUGGAAUAUAUGGAUUUACAAAAGAUCCAGAUACUUUGAAUUAUGUAUUAAUAAUGGAGUAUACAAAUAAGAAUAGUUUAAAAAGAUGUUUAACAGAAAUAACAAAAAAUUGGGAACAAAAAUUAUUUUGUUUAUAUCAAAUUAUUAGGGGUCUUGAUAAUAUUCAUGGAGAAGAUCUUAUCCAUUAUAACUUCCAUGAUGGUAAUAUUUUAUGUAACAAAUAUAAAGAAAAUAUAUAUGGAAUUUUUAUUAGUGAUUAUUUAGGAUUGUAUCAACUUACAAAAUCUUUUUUAAAAGAAAAUGAUAUCUAUGGAAUUUUACCAUUUAUAGCACCUGAAAUUUUAAGAGGUCAACCUUAUACACAAGCUAGUGAUAUAUAUAGUUUUUCUAUAAUUAUGUGGGAAUUUACAUCUGAAAUAUCACCAUUUAAUGAUAAAGCACAUGAUCUUCAACUUGCUUUAAGUAUUUGUAAAGGUAAACGUCCUGAAAUCAUUGAAAAUACUCCACAAUGUUAUAUAGAUUUAAUGAAAAAAUGCUGGGAUGAAGAUCCAUUAAAAAGGCCAUCUUCUGAAGAAGUUUUAAAUAUUAUUGGUGAUUGGAUUUUUCUUCCUUGGCAUAAGGAAAUUGAAGAUAUUAAUGAAGAAUUAAAAAAUAAUAUUAUGGAAUUUAUAAAUGCACCAAUUGAGCAUAAUAACCUUAUUGUAGAAUCUCAUCCAAAAGCAUGCUAUACAAGUCAUUUACUUGAUUUUACUAGUAAAGAAUUAAAUGAAAUUCUAGAAGAAAGUUCUAUUAAUAAGGAAAGAAAUACUAUUGGUUCUAUUAGAGAUAUGAAAACCUCUAAAUUGACUGAUAAAUAUACUAAAGAAUUUCAAAGUAUUCUUGUAAAAUAUAAUGAUGGAUUGUUAGAGUUGAACAAAAAUUAUUAUUCCUUAAAGAAAAUUGUUCAGGAAAAUAAAGAGUUGGAAGUUAGCCUCAUAACUGAAAAUAUUCUUAAGUUGAAUUCUUUUGAUCUUGAUAAAUACAAAAUUUUUAAAUUUGCUACUAAUUCUCAGGAAGGAACUAGAAUUCAAUUAAAUACUAAUAUGAUGUCAGAAGAUAUAAAUUCAUUAAGAAAGAAUUUGAAUGAAUUGAAAUUAGAAUUAAACCAAGAAAAAAAAGAAUUAAAAAAUUUAGCAACAGUUUAG